CAGACAUACUCUCUCUCUACAUUUCUAUCAAUCUCUGUCUUCUCUACGCGAUCUCUUCUCAAACUUUCAACUCAAAAAUUCUUAAAAACUCUCUUUUUCAGAUUUCUUAGGGUUUAUUUUUUUUUAUUUCUUCAAUUAUUCAACGAUUCUCCUGAUUUUCUUCUCUCCAUUUCGCCUCUCUAAUAAUCACUUCGUCUUCUUCUUCACUUCAGAUUCACUGCCGUUCAGCAUGUGAAGUUUUUGUAUUUUCAUAUUAUUGGGAAGGUCACUUCAGUUCUCACUGACAUUCUGAGGUCAGUAAUUGUGACUUUCCAAGUUACUGCCGGUGAAUGUAACUGUUGGACAAAAUAACCGAGCCUUUUUGUUGGACACAAUAAGCUUUAGAAGCUGUAAAUUACUUUGGGUACAUUGUGAUAUAUAUUGGGUUGCAGAGAUGGAAAUACAUUAGAAGAACUUGUCUGCUAUUACUCUACAUCUUUACCAUAAACAAAAUGCGUUCUUGGUGGGGGAAGUCAUCAUCGAAGAAGAAAGCCAGUAAGGAAAAUUUUAUAAGCACAUUACAUCAAAAAUUAAAGACUACACCGGAAGGUAAACAAAGCAGUAGAUCAGGAGGGUCUCGAAGACAUUGCAAUGAUACAGUUUCAGAAUUGGGUUCUCAAUCUCGAGCUGAAUCUAGAUCAACAUCACCUUCCAAAAAAGUAUACAGGUGUCAAAGUUUUGCUGAAAGGAGUGAUGCUCAACCACUUCCACUUCCUGGUCCGCACCCUGCAGCUGUAGGUCGUACUGAUUCUGAAAUUAGUGUAUCAGCUAAGCCAAGAUUGGAAAAAGGCGCAAAGACAUCCUUGUUUUUGCCUCUCCCAAAACCAGCAUGCAUACGAAACAGGGCAAAUGCUACUGAUUUAGAUGGAGAUCUGGUCACCGCUUCCUUUUCCAGUGAUUGCUCCAUUGAUAGUGAUGAUCCAGCAGACUCCCGUAAUCGCAGUCCCCUGGCAAAUGACUAUGACAAUGGAACUAGAACUGCUUUAAGCAGCGGUUCGGGCAUGGUGGUGUCCAAGGAUCUUUCAUCCAAUGCCGCUCAAACAAACUCAAGAGAGGCCAAAAAAACAUUAAACCUUUCAUUGAGUAAUCGUCUCUCCCCUAAAUCACCUAAGCAAAGACCUUUAAGUGGUCCUGUGCCAAAUCUACAGGUUCCAUUUCAUGUAGCUUUCAGCAGUGCUCCUGACAGCUCCAAGUCAAGUCCUUCCAGAAGUCCAAUCAAUGGAUUUGGCACUGAGCAAGUUGUGAAUUCUGCUUUCUGGGCAGGGAAGCCUUAUGCGGAUGUCACAUUACAUGGAUCUGGCUACUGCUCUAGUGCAGGUUCAGGUCAAAAUUCUGCGCAAAAUUCCAUGGGAGGGGACAUGUCAGGACAGUUAUUUUGGCAACAAAGCAGGGGUAGCCCGGAAUACUCUCCAAUACCUAGUCCUAGAAUGGCUAGCCCUGGGCCCAGUUCCAGAAUUCAAAGCGGUGCUGUUACCCCUAUUCAUCCAAGAGCUGGAGAGGCAGCUAUUGAGUCGCAAACAAGCUGGCCUGAUGAUGGAAAACAACAAAGCCAUCGCUUGCCUCUUCCUCCUGUAACGAUUUCCAACUCUUCUCCGUUCUCUCAUUCAAAUUCAGCAGCAACGUCACCCCAAGUACCGCGAAGUCCUGGAAGGAUAGAGAAUUCAGUUAGCCUUGAGUCACAUUGGAAGAAGGGAAAGCUUCUGGGUAGAGGCACAUUUGGACAUGUUUAUGUUGGUUUUAACAGUGAUAGCGGCGAAAUGUGUGCAAUGAAGGAGGUUACAUUAUUCGAUGAUGCAAAGUCAAAGGAAAGUGCUAAGCAGUUGAUGCAGGAAAUUGCCUUACUGAGCCGCUUAAGGCAUCCAAACAUUGUGCAGUAUUACGGGUCCAAAUCACAGGUUGGUGACAAACUUUAUAUAUACCUGGAGUAUGUAUCUGGUGGAUCCAUUUAUAAACUUCUUCAGGAUUACGGACAAUUUGGUGAACUAGCAAUCCGUAGUUAUACUCAACAAAUUUUGUCAGGGCUUGCCUACUUACACUCUAAACAGACUGUUCAUAGAGACAUUAAAGGAGCAAACAUACUUGUAGACCCUAAUGGUCGGGUCAAGUUGGCAGAUUUUGGGAUGGCAAAGCAUAUUGCUGGGCAGUCAUGUCCAUUGUCAUUCAAAGGAAGUCCUUAUUGGAUGGCACCUGAGGUUAUAAAGAACUCAAAUGGUUGCAAUCUUGCUGUUGAUAUAUGGAGUCUUGGAUGCACAGUUUUGGAAAUGGCCACAACAAAACCACCUUGGAACCAAUAUGAAGGGGUUGCUGCCAUGUUUAAGAUUGGAAACAGUAAGGAACUACCAGCAAUUCCGGAUCACCUCUCAGAUGACGGAAAGGAUUUUGUGCGGAAAUGUUUGCAACGUAAUCCUUCAUGUCGUCCCACAGCUGCUGAGCUUUUGGAGCAUCCUUUUGUGAAGUAUGCUGCAACUUUGGAAAGACCCAUUCUGGAUUCUGAGCCUUCAGAUAUAUCCCCAGGGGUUGAGAAUGGAGUGAAAAAUCUGGGUAUUGGGCAAGUGAGAAACUACUCUCCCUUGGAUUCAGAAAGGCUUGCAGUUCAUUCAUCAAGAGUAUCGACUGCUCCUUAUGCUAGUGAUAUCCUUAUUCCGAAGAACAAAUCGUGUCCUGUGUCUCCCAUUGGGAGCCCACUUUUACAUCCAAGGUCGCCACAACAUCUGAAUGGAAGAUUAUCUCCUUCUCCUAUAUCUAGCCCAAGGACCACUUCAGGUUCAUCCACACCUCUCACAGGUGGCAGUGGUGCUAUACCUUUCAAUCACUUGAAACAACCAGUUUACUUGCAAGAGGGUUUUGGAAGCAUGCCAAAGCCCUCAAAUAGUUUUUAUUGCAAUGGCCCUUUUCAAGAUUCAAAUUCCGACAUUUUUCGAGGGAUGCAACCAGGGUCUCACAUCUUCUCAGACUUGUUGCCCCCUGAAAAUGAUGUUCUGGGGAAGCAACUUGGAAGGCCUUUUCAUGGGGAACCUUAUGAUGGACAGUCAAUUUUGGCUGAUCGUGUAUCUCGGCAGCUCCUAAGGGAUCAGGUGAAGAUGAAGCCAUCUCUGGAUCUAAGUCCCAGCUCUCCUUUACCCACCAGGACCAGUGGUAUCUAAUCUUAUGCAUUUCUCUUUGUGGCGCACCAAUCUGAGAGAACUCAGAAGUUUGUCACACUGGAUUUUUUUGUCCUGCUGAACACUUUAUUUACUGUGCCAACUUCUGAGGAAGCUAAUUUUGUCAAUAAGGGCUGUAGUGGGAAAUCUAUGGAGUAAGUUUGGGCAAAGUGGCUGGAGGUGCAUGUGUCAUUUGCAUUGACUUAGUUAUCCAGGUUGUCUUUCAGGCUCCUUAUUGAUGAGUAAUCUUAAGCUAUUUGACAAAACUGAUGGUAGAGUUGAAUGUUCAGCAGAAUCAAUUGAUUCAAAAUGGAGCUAGCUUCCCAGCAAAUAACAAACCUGCCGUUGUGGGUAGUUUGUGAUAUGAUGCGGCAUCAACUUUGUACAGAGCUGAGUCCAUAAAUUGUCAUCUAGUGGCUAACUGAAUUGUGGUAUUAAGAGCUUCUUUUUAAUGGGGGAAGAUGG